GCAAGAGAUGUUGAGGUUAAACCAGAGUACGUUCCUUGACACGUGACACAAUAACAGUAAUUUCGCGGCAGGCGUAAUAGUUUCGGAAUAGCGAUCGAGAGAACGAGAACGAGAGCGAGAACGAGAGCGAGAACGAGAACGAGAACGAGAACGAGAACGAGAACGAGAACGAGAACGAGAACGAGAACGAAGACGAACCCUGACACGCGAGUCCAUCAUCGGGAUGCCGGCGAGUCAACAGAACGUUAUAUUUCCACGGGUUGGUUCCGCCCUGUUUUACGGGUUGUCGUCUCUAAUGAUCACGGUUGUAAACAAAACGGUGUUGACCUCGUUCGAGUUCCCAUCGUUUCAAGUGCUCGGCAUAGGGCAAAUGCUGGCCACGAUCGUCUUGUUGUUCGGUGCGAAGGAAGCGCGGUACGUCGAAUUUCCUAACCUAGAAACGGCAACGUUCGGCAAGAUAUGGCCGUUACCAGUGAUUUAUAUCGGUAAUAUGAUUUUCGGAUUAGGCGGUACCAAACAACUCAGCCUCCCCAUGUUCACCGCUCUCAGGCGGUUCAGCAUUCUGAUGACGAUGAUUGCCGAGUAUUACAUUUUGGGCGCAAAGGCGCGUGUUCCCGUUCAGUUGAGCGUGUACACGAUGAUCGUUGGAGCGGUGGUGGCGGCGUUGAACGACCUCGCUUUCAAUUUCGAAGGUUACCUGUUUAUUCUGUUGAACGACUUGUUCACCGCCGCGAACGGCGUCUACAUGAAGAAGAAGCUGGAGUCGAAGGAGUUGGGGAAGUACGGAUUGAUGUACUACAACUCGUUGUUUAUGAUCGUUCCUGCGAUCGCGAUCGCCUGUUGGACGGGAGACGCGCGCUCCGUCCUCGACUUUCCUCACUGGAACAACGCGAUUUUCCUUCUGCAGUUUGGGCUUUCUUGCGUGAUGGGCUUCGUGCUUUCCUAUAGUAUGAUUCUCUGUACGCUGCACAACUCUGCCUUGACCACCACGAUAAUCGGCUGCUUAAAAAACAUAUGCGUGACGUAUCUCGGAAUGAUUAUCGGCGGAGAUUACAUAUUUACUUGGUUGAACUUUAUCGGACUGAAUUUAAGCGUGAUCGGCAGCCUGGUCUACACGUGGGUGACUUUUCGCAGGAAAGAAUCACCGGAGCUGAGGUACACUCCGCUCAGUCAAGAUCAAACGAUCAAGCCUCAAAACGUGUGAUCAGACCCAGCGAUCGCGCGAUCCUUGCUCUCGCGAGCAGCGUAGUCGUACGCACGAUUCUCCGUUCUCUCCAUCGAUUUCCUUCUCUCCUCGAGAAUUUUUGCAAUUAUUUCCGAGCGUUGGUCUCGUCGUUGUCGUUGUCGUCGUUGUCGUUGUCGUUAUCGUUGUCGUUGUCGUUGUCAUUGUCAUUGUCAUUGUCAUUGUCAUUGUCAUUGUCAUUGUCAUCGUUGUUGUUGACGACAAACCAUGAUAGAGCGUACGAGUUUUCAUCGGAAAAUCGCAAAAUGAUCAAAGGAGAAGAGAAUAGGGUGAAAUGUGAGAUAAUCAUACCAAAGUGAUAAAUACUUUUACAGUUAUCGGGCUGCCAUAGUCGCGACGAAUGCGCGAGCCUUGCGAUGUAAAUUGCGGCGCAAUCUGUAAAUCUGUAAAUCUGUAAAUCUGUAAAUCUGUACAUUUGUACAUCUGUAAAUGUGUAAAUAACGAUGUAGAGACUAGUCGAGGCGUUUGUCGAGGGGCAAGCGCAACAUGGCUAUGAUGGAUGCGUCACGCGGCAAAGUCGUGUACAGGAAAG